AUGGCAUCUCUGGAAAUUAAAGAAAAACAGGCAACUGUAUUAAAGGAUAAACUAAAUCAAAAGACCGGUUCCAAAGAACUGAAAUCAAAUAAGAAACAACCAGUUGUCAAUGAAACUGAAAAGAAGAAACAAGCUUUCGUUACAAGAACUAUAUGGACUUUUGUUAUGAUUGGUUUCUUUUUCACAAUUUUAUCUUCAGGACAUUUGGCUUUAAUUAUGAUGGUACUAUUGUUUCAAGUGUUAACAUUUAAAGAAAUCAUUGCAUUAACAUCCGAACCAGCUAGAGAUAAGAAGAUUCCUUACAAUAAAUCCUUAAAUUGGUAUUUCUUAGUAUCUACAUGGUAUUAUUUAGAUUUCCCAAAUUUGGCUGAAUUCUUUCAAGAAUCAAUUUAUUCCAAUAAAAUCUUAACAUUAUUAGUUUUAAAUCAUAAAUUCAUUUGUUAUAGUUUAUACAUGUCAGGAUUUGUAUUUUUUGUUUGGACUUUAAAGAAAGGUUACUAUAAAUUCCAAUUUGCUCAAUUAUGUGCAACUCAUAUGACAUUAUUAUUGGUUGUUUUUCAAGCCCAUUUGAUUAUGGAUAAUAUUUUACAUGGUAUAAUUUGGUUCUUCUUACCAGCAACAUUAGUCAUUGUUAAUGACAUUUUUGCCUAUUUAUGUGGUAUUACAUUUGGUAGAACUCAAUUAAUUGAAAUUUCCCCAAAGAAGACAGUUGAAGGUUUUGUUGGUGCCUGGAUAUGUACUGGUAUUGCUUCAGUCUUCUUUUCCUAUAUCUUGUCACAAUCCGAUUAUUUGAUUUGUCCUGCCGUGAAUUUAUCUACUCAUUUAUACAAUUUCCCUCAUUGUGAACCAAAUCCAGUCUUUAUUCCACAAAUAUUUCAAUUACCUCAAAAUAUCACCGAUAUAACUGGUUGGGAAAUUAUUUCAAUAAAACCAUUAUAUUUCCACACCGCAAUUUUGGCUGCAUUUGCAUCGCUAUUUGCACCAUUUGGAGGAUUCUUCGCAUCAGGUUUAAAACGUGCUUUUGGUAUCAAAGACUUUGGUAAUAGUAUCCCUGGUCAUGGUGGUGUCACUGAUAGAUUUGAUUGUCAAUUUUUAAUGGGGUCUUUUACUUAUUUAUAUUAUCAAACUUUCAUAAGUAAUCAUAAUAUUAAUUUAGGAAAGAUUUUACAAUUGGCAAUUAUUAAUUUAUCAAUUCCACAAUUAUUACAAUUAGUUAAAUCGAUUUUAAGAUAUUUAAAUAGAGAAGCGGUUAUUAGUGAUGAAAAAUUGAUCCAAAUCUUUGAUUUAUUGGAUAAUUGA